CCCGCGUUUUCCACUGUCUUUCUCUAAAGAAAAACUUAUGCUGAUAGGCGAGAUAUAGGCGAGAUUUACUGAUUAUUUUUUAUCGCAGUUUGCUGCACACUCAAUAGCUAACAGUAAUUACGAAUUCAGAUACGGUCGCAAGAAAUUGUAGUUAGUGCCAUAACAAUCUUACCAUAAUCAUUACCAUUAUGGAUUCAGUCAGCAUGUCAUUCUCGUUGGAAUUUGCACAUAAUUGAUUGCCAACUACUACAGAUUACUUAUUCUGUUUUUGAUCACCGAAAAGUGAUAUAGCUUGCUGACAAUUGAAAAACCAACCAACUUUUUGAAUUGUAUGCUUUGCAAGAUAUCAAACAAUUGUUCUGUCUUUCUUCCAGACCCGAUAUUUUGAAUAACCCUCACAACCGAUGAAAAUUUCCUUCUAUGUUUAGCGUAUAAAGUAGCACGGUGCUAGCAUCGAAGAGAUGAGAAAUUUUUCAAGAGAACAGCCUUAUGAACUGCCAGCAACUGCAGAGGAAAUUAUAGUGUUCAAGGUCAUAGACCCCCAUCACAUAAUCGUGGGCAAUGUAGAUAACAGAUGCAAAGAACUAACCAAAAUAUCCUGUAAACUCUCAACAUUAGCUAAGCAGCAUUCGGAAAAUGGGCCCGAUCGUCCAGAAAAUAGAACAGAAGUAGUUGUUCAAGGAAAAGUGGGAACUAAGGCAGAAGAUACGUGGUGGUAUCGUGGUAUUGUCGAAAGUUACAGCGACGAAACAUCUGAAUACAAAAUAUUGUUACCAGAUCACGGAGUCACCAUUUGUCUACCUCGACAACAGUUUAUAACGGUAACAAAGAAUUCAAUAUCUGAUGAUUAUCUUACAUAUCCUAUCGGUCUUUAUCAUAUUGUACCUGGAAUUCUCAACUCUUACGCUGGUGAGGAUAAGGCAAAAAACUAUGAGAUAGCCAUAGACAGAAAGUGGAGUCCAGAAGCUAUCAAACUCACAAAAUGUCUGAUGGUUGGAGCUUCACAGAUUUUUUUUGAUCACAUUGCGAAUUUCAAUGGAAAAAAAUGUGGAGAAAUAUACGUGAUAAUUGAUCAGGAAGUAAUACCCUUGAGCUCCACUCUCCUUCACUCGAAUUUUGGAGCUUAUUUUAUGGACCAGGAUUAUGAGAAAAUGCGUCAGCUGGAAUUUCGUAAACCAAGGGAUCGUGAGUAUGGUUAUGAGGAAGUUAUUCUGGAGCUUCCAAUGCUUGAGCCAGUAGAUGUUGACAGCUUGAUGCCUACGAAAAUAGUCUCGUUGACGAUACAUAACUCGACUGUUUCUGAAUCAAGCAGUAAAUUGUAUGAAGAAGUAUUCAUCAACGAUAGCAAUAAAUGUCGGCGACUAACAUCACUGAGAGAUGCUAAUUUCUGUACUUCAAUUCACAAAGCUCUGAAAGAAAUGGAAAUUGAAACCCUGUGGAAAAUGCCUUCGUAUACCUGGCCAGCAAUAACCAAAUGUUGCGAUGUUCUCAUAGUGAGUGCUAAAAGUACGGGGAAGACCCUUGGAUAUGCUGCAGCAAUAGCUAAUUUAGUUGUAGCUACGCAGGGUGAGCAGGAGGAUAAUUAUCCAAUGGUUUUGGUUCUGUGCUCCUCGACUGACGCUGCUCAAAAUGCUCAUGACAUUUUUGCUAGGGUCCUGGCGAACAAUGUAGAGAUUUCAAUUAUCUCUGCUUACAAUGGUAUUGACUACAAAUCUUUGACAGCUAAAUUGUAUAAUGGGUGUCACAUAUUCAUAUCGACCCCAGCAUUCCUGGAGAGAUAUUGUUCUAAGGCGGAAUAUGGUAAAGUUCUCAAUCUCUGCUAUGUACGUCACGUAAUAUUCGAUCAGCUAGAUAUUCUCAUGCAAAAGCAGAAGGCAGAGUUGGUAAGUGUGCUGAAGGACACACCCAUUGGUAAACGAAAGGGUGAAAAUUCAAAGGGGUUCACUGUACAGCUUAUUGCGGUUGCUGAGCAGUGGUCAACAACUCUCGGGAAAUUCACAGAAAUGUUCGGUGAACCUUAUAUCUGCAUUGGUUCACAUCCAGAUGCAGUCAUAUCCUGUGGUAUUCAACCCAAAUUACGGCUAAUUCAAACUAUCCAUAAACCUAAAUUGCUUGUGGAAUUGUUAGGAGAACGCUAUCGAGUUGUAAAAACACUAGUUGUCUGUUGCAGCAGAAGAGAAGCUUCAAAGUUGAAGAAACACCUUUCGAAUUAUUGUAGAAUUUUAUAUGUUGAUGGUAAAUCUUUGAUUGAUGAGAUUCAUGGGAUUAGGGCUUGCUGGCAUGUAGCUGUCUCCGGAUUAUAUCCAGUUUUAAUCUGCACUGACAGUGUUCUUCAUGAUUUACGUAUUUCUGAUGCAGAGUGGUUGAUUCAUUACUCCAUUGGAACGGCAACGAAAUCCAUUUUCAACUUUAGAUUUUCUUCUUUAAUUUCUAAUUUGAAGGAGAAAACAAAGGCGAUGGAGGUGACACUGAUCCUAGAUGAGUCCAAUGACCUACAACUUCGAGGAGUUCUGGACUUGAUGCAGAGAUCAGGAGUGAAAUUAAAGAAAGAUGAAUUAGAAGCAGCUGAUAAAAUUAUGCUGACCCUUGACAGAAAAAAGCAGGGUUUUCCCAUUUGUGAUAGAAUCAAGGCUUUUGGUUACUGUUCGAGUAAAUUUAAUUGUCCGUACAGACACUGGAUACUUCCCGAUAUUGAUAAAUCGAAAACUCCAGUUGAGGAAGGAGAUGUCGUGAAAUUACUUCUCACGUAUAUUCACACAGCUACACAUUUCUCUGGCAGAAUUCUGGAGAGAACUGAUUUCAGUGGACAGGUCCACAAGAUGACUGAUCAUGAACAUGUAAACACUGUUACUAGAGUGAAUCACUAUUUUGCUGAGCAAACCAACAGAUUAAUUGAUAAGAGAAUCUUUGUUGGAGGACUUUAUGGAUACAAACGAGAUGAGGGACAUUUUGAGAGAGUAUCGAUUGUUAAUAUUGUGGAGAGGUAUGUAGACGAGAGACCUAGGUAUGUAGAUCUUAAGUGCAUCGACACAGGUCUUGAGUACCACAAUGUCAGAGUUGGUGUUUUACUGGAAUUAUCCAAGGAACUGAGAGAGGCACCUGCGAAUAUUUUCGAGAUAUUUUUGAGUAACGUGAUGCCUUUCGAUAAAGAGGAUGAGUGGAGUUACUUUGCAAAGAACUGCGUGCAAGAGUGGAUAAAGGAUAAUCGAUCAGUAUCUAAAUUUUUCCAAGCUAGGGUGCAACUGGUUCUAGGGAAUACUGUAUGGAUUGAUACAUUGGACAUCAAGAUGAAAAUCACUGGCAGAAGAGAUCAACUGGUUUCCACCCUCAAGUCGCACUUGAUUAAACUAAAUCAUGGUAUUUCUGAUGAUGAUCACAUCCAACGGCUUCUGAAACUCCGUCAGAUAGCAGCGGCGUCUGAUCCCUGAUCCAUAUAAACGAUUGUAGUCUGUUAUUCAUUUUCAAACAGUAAAGUAAAAUAUACCUAUAUCAAAGCUGCCAGGAUCAACACCAGUUAUGAUAAGGUUUUACUCAUUUAAUUAUUCUUUAAGAACAUGUGGAGGAAGCAUAUUUCACUUAUAAUGGUUUCUUACUAUAAUUUAAAAAAACUAGAAUUAAAUCGUAGUGAAAAUUUAAUGUAUAGGAUGCUAGUGUAAUAUCAACAAUUACUUUUAUUCUUAAUUUCUACAAUUUUUCUAUGUUUAAACAAACAAAAAAGUAAAUAGAUGAAUGAAGCAUUCGGGAAUUAGUCGAUUGAUAGACUGGCGAGUGGGAUUUACAAAAAAUACAAAAUAAACAAAAUUAUACAAAACAACUCGUCUUAAUGUAUACCAGCGAGUGGGUUUAAAAUUCUAAUUGGCUGUGCUUCGAUGCCUUUUUUUUAUUCUGAGUUCACUGCGUUAUUAUAAUGAUCUAUUGGAAAAACUACUCAAAACCACCAAUUUGACAUUUACUUUAAUAAUAAUUAAAUGAUUUUCAACGGAGAGCUUAUCAUUUUAUAUAGUCAUUUUGUGAUUCGAGAAGGACAUUCGAUAGUAUUAUCUGCUAUUACUAAACCAAUUCAAAUAGAAAUAUCUCCAUAUCACUCUGCACUCUGCUAUCGUUAUUAUGUUGUCUAUCUUUUAAGGACACGAUCUGUUAUCAAGAGAUCUUCAGUGCUGUUGCCAAACAGUUUGAAUAAGCUGGAGAUUGAUUCUUACUGAUUUUGCAAUAUUUGCUUAUCCACCAAAAUGUAAAAUAUUAUCUAACCUUCGAAAUCAGAUUACGAUUAUCUGAGGGCAAAUCGAUCAAAGUAGAAGAGAGCAAAUUUGCUUUUUCAUCUUUAUUUGUGGUGUCUAUUCCAUGAUACUUUAAGGCUCGGGUGGAUUAUCUAGAAAAGAUCAUUUACUCCGAAAUUCGGAUUCCUAAUU